GAGGAGUAUGACUGUAAUUAAAUGGAAAAAAAAGAAAUCUUGAGACCGAGUUGUAGGGAACGAGCAGUCUAAAGGUUGCAGCUGGUCGAUUUCAAGUUUGGAAAGUAAAUACAGUACUAGAACAUUGGCGCCUUCUGCUUUUUUUUUCUUAACAGGUUUACAAAAUCUUUUUGAAUUUAAGACUGCUGCUAUUUUAUUUUCAUAUUUAGUAUAUUUCAAAGUAUAUCAGCUGAAUCUUUUUGGAUUUAACCAUUUUGGGGACUUGUGUGAACUUCAUUCAGCAGAGCGAUCCUUAAACAUUCAAUUUAAAUUUAAAUGAGAAAGCAAGCUUCUCCCAACUUUUCUCUCGCUCUGAGAUAAGAUUUUUAAUUUGAGUUUUUAUGCGGCUGUAACCUCGAUUGAUCCAAGCGCUUUUGAACGUGAGGUGGAAAAUGAAUCGAUAAAGUCACCCACCUGAUGUUUUGACGGGGUGUUUUUUUGCAACCAGCCAGUUGUUGUUAAGCAACGACAUGAUGUAUUCUCCUAUUUGUCUAACGCAGGAUGAAUUUCAUCCGUUCAUCGAGGCACUUCUUCCACACGUCCGUGCAAUCGCCUACACUUGGUUUAACCUCCAGGCCCGAAAGCGCAAGUACUUCAAGAAGCACGAGAAGCGGAUGUCAAAGGAUGAGGAGAGAGCGGUCAAGGAUGAGCUGCUCGGUGAAAAGCCUGAGAUCAAACAGAAGUGGGCAUCCAGGCUGCUCGCCAAGCUCCGCAAAGACAUCCGCCAAGAGUACCGGGAGGAUUUUGUGCUCAGUGUUACAGGGAAGAAGCAUCCUUGCUGCGUGCUGUCCAACCCAGACCAGAAGGGAAAGAUCAGGAGGAUCGACUGUCUCAGACAGGCCGACAAAGUCUGGCGCCUUGAUCUGGUCAUGGUGAUCCUUUUCAAGGGCAUCCCUUUGGAAAGUACGGAUGGAGAGAGGCUUGUGAAAUCCCCACAUUGUACCAAUCCAGCACUUUGUGUCCAGCCACAUCAUAUAACAGUAUCGGUCAAGGAGCUGGACUUGUUUCUGGCAUACUAUGUCCAGGACCAAGACUCCCAGCAGUCAGGAAGUCCAAGUAACAAUGAACCUGGAAAGAAUCCUCCAGUUUACCUUGAGGACAGUUUUAUCAAAUCAGGAGUCUUCAGUGUUUCAGAGCUAGUGCGAGUUUCCAGAAUGCCCAUCACCCAGGGAACCGGGGUGAAUUUCUCAGUCGGUGAGCUCCAGAGUCAGCCGUACUACCAUGACUUGAACUCGGGUUUAGGCCUGCACAGAUCGCUGUCCUCUCCACCCGGCAGCAAACGGCCUAAGACAAUCCCCAUAGAGGACAGCAUGGAGACAAGCCCAUCUGGAGACUUUUACUCUUCUCCCAGUUCACCAGCAAGUGGCAGCAGGACAUGGCAUGAAAGAGAUCAAGAUAUGUCUUCUCCCUCAAUGAAGAAGCCAGAGAAGCCAUUGUUUAGCCCCACAUCCCCCCAGGAUUCCUCUUCAAGACUGAGCACUUUCCCUCAGCACCAUCACCCGGGAAUCACUGGAGUCGGACACAGUGUUAUCUCAACAAGAAGCCCACCUCCGCCAUCACCGUUGCAGUUUUCAGCACCUUCUAUUCUCCCUCCUGCCCCGACCACCUACUUCUCUCACCCCACAAUAAGAUACCCACCACACCUGAACCCUCAGGAUACCCUGAAAAAUUAUGUACCAUCUUACGACCCGUCCAACCCACAAACCAGCCAGCCUAGCAGUGGUCAAGUUGUGGGGAAAGUGCCAGGCCAUUUCACCCAGGUGUUGGCACCGUCUCCACACCAUGGCUCAGUGCGACCCGUCACCUUGUCCAUGCCAGACACUAAACCCAUCACUACAUCGACAGAAGGUGAGGCAGCUUCACCCACCACAGCCACCUACACAGCCCCAGGCACACCCACUUCAAACAGGUUCGUGGGACUGAGCUCAAGGGACCCAGCCUUCUUACACCAGCAACAGCUGAGGAUUUGUGACUGGACCAUGAAUUCAAACGGCAGGCAUUUAUACCCCAGUGCCAGUGAGGAUACAUUGGGAAUUACUUGGCAAAGUCCUGGUACCUGGGCGAGCUUAGUUCCAUUCCAAGUGUCGAACGGGACUCCGAUUCUGCCAACAAGUGUCCAGAAUUACAGCAUAAACAUCAUUGGUGAACCCUUCCUUCAAGCAGAAACAAGUAACUGAAGGCAAAGAAGAAUAGAAGCAGAGCCAGCAGAACUGAGAAUAGUAAAAACACUACAGACCAGGAAGCAGCACUCACCGAAUCUCCAUUUUCUCAAUAAGGGGGCAUUGAAAAAAUACUAAACGGUUGUUUAAUGCACUCUGAUACUGAGACAGCUCUUGCCAGCUAGCCUUUGUAAAAAAAAAAAAAAAUUUUAAAAAGGUAAAUGUUGUAUAUUCAGUACAACUUUAGAUGCCUUAAUGUUUGCAUGAUAAGCUAGUUUCUAUUAAUCGUUUUUUCUUCUUUUAUGAGCUUUUGGGAGAACUAGUCCUGGUUUUGAGUGGGUUUAAAUCAUAAAAAAGGCUGACAAGCAACUGAAUUGUCGUUUAUUUUCAAAUUAAAUAGGCUGUCACCUGAAGAGGCCCAUGAAUCAAAACAUUAGCUACAUUUCCAUAGCAACAAAGUUGAAAAUCAGAUGCUUUUCUUCAGUUUGCCACAGUUCUGUCGAAGUUAACCUUUAACCUGUAAUCUUUUUGGUAUCAUUCUUACAUUUAGAUUAAGGUUAAAGGCUAAUACCUACACUAAAAAGUUUACUAAUACAAUAUACCUAAUUAAAGGUAACGAUAAUUGCCCCUUGCAUGGAUUUAGAUAUUUCCAUAACAAAAUUUAAAGCAUAUGAGGCAAGUGCAAUUUUAAAUGUAAUACUGAAGGGAAACUAUAGAAGUCGAGCAGCCCUAAGACUCUAAAUUGAGGGAAAUAAAAUGUUCGGGAUAUUUUUUUUUUUUUUUUUUUUUUUUUUACUUAAACAAUUUAGAUUUGUAUCCUUAAUUUACAAGGGGGAAAUUAUUUUAAAAAAAUGUAGACACAACUGUGCGUGAUAGGCAGUGUACACAAAUCAUAAAUACGAACGAAACAGCACUUAUAUUUUUAUGAGCCGUUCCCUCCCCUGGAGGCAGUCUUUAUUUAUUAUGAAUUUAAAAAUGGAGUGUGAAAAACACAUAUUGUGUAUAAAUGGCUUAUGACUCUAGCAUCACAGAAGCAGAAAAAGAAGAUGUGUUUGGCUGUUAGCUUAUGAAGCUACGGUUUACAAAAUUAUAUAUAUAUAUAUAUAUAUAUAUAUAUAUAUAUAUAUAUAUAUAUAUAUAUAUAUAUAUAAAGAAUGCAGGUUGCUCAAGUUAAAAAAUAAAAAUAAAAUAGAAUUCUGCACUCAAUGCAAACACUUGCCUGACAUAAAGGGUGCUGAAUAGUUGCAUGGUGCUUAUUGAACACUCGUGAUUCAGUAGAUCCCUUUGGUCACAAACACUAGCAGUGUGCAUGGCAGUUACUUUGCCUCUGCAUCUCAAAACAAGAUAUAUAUAAAAUAAUCUUUCCAAUAAUCUUAAUUUGCACGAAAAUCUAUAGUCCACAUUACGUGCCUUGCCUUUGAAUAUAACAGAGACAUCACUACACUUGUUUUUUGCUGCAUUUAUUACCAUUUUAAAAAUUAACAUUUUUAUGAUAAAAAAAAUAAUAAUAAUAAUAUUUUGUACUCUGGAUGAAAUUGUGUCAUCAUUGAUUUUUAACUACAUUUACUACUUUAUCUCUCAUUUAUAAUGCAUAUCAUGGCUGUGUAUAGUUGCCGUUUAAAAGUUUAUAAUCAACCAGCAUUAUUUUCAGAAUUUUUGGUGUUUUUUUCCUAAUAACCUUUCAUUUUUUCUUCCAUCUUCAAAUUACUAUUUUGGGGGUUUUCAGAUUUAUAAGAAUUAUGCAAUACCAAGUUUUGCCUAUGUACGUAGUGCUUAUAGCUGUAUUGAUUAUCAUAAGCUAGUAUGGAGAUAGAGAAUAUUGUAUGCGUUUAUUUUGGUGGUGUUGUUGUAUUUUUUUUUUUUGAUUGGCCAAAGUGGGUACUGCUUUCUAUGCAGUGUUAUAAGGUCUUUUUUGUGUACUAAGAGAUAGACAUGGGGUGUUGUUUCUUUUUUAUACUGGGAGGGGAGGGGAGGUAAGUGAUUCUAAUUGUUUUGUUUUUUUUAAACUUUGCAGCAUAGCUGUGAGGUAUGCACCCUUGGCCUAAUACUGGCUGCAAAGUCACUGAUCUGUCUACUGUGACAAACUGGUUCCUUCUUUUAACUUCCCACCUGGGGUGCAAGCAUGAUUCCUGGAAGAAGCUCAUUUUCAUAGGAGAGCAGGCUUGACUUGAGUACAGUAAUCAACCAAUCAAAUCAGAGAAGCUUGUUCAGCAUUAGAAUUGUUUAUCUAAGUUUAUAUUCAGGAAAAUGUAUUAUAAAUGCAGUAUAUGGUGUUUGAGCUGACGCACCCAUGCCCUGUGCAGGGGGAAAGAAAUGUUCAAAUUUCAUUUAAAAAACAAACAAACAAAAGUUGUGGAGAGAUUAUUGAGUGAUGGAAAACAAUACUGGUUUGUUUUCCAAAGAUGAUGUUUCAAAACGUAAUCUUCCCUCCUUAUAACCUAUUAUGUAAACUUAUAACCUCAUUUUAAACACCUACAAUAUAUGCAACAUGGCUUCCUUAGCAACUGCCUUAAUAAACCAAGUGACUUUUCAUAAAUUUUCUACAAUCACAAAUGCACUAAUGUGCAUGCUGAAUGCAUGUGAGAACCCUUGAAUAAUGAAGUUAAACAAUACAUCAAUUACAGUUUAAUCUAUUCUGUACCAGUCUAAUCGACAAAAUUGUGAAAUCUGAAUAAAAAAAAAAUGUCUGUAUAUUUCCAGAAUUUUAAGCAGUUCCGAAAUAAUUAUUUCAAUUAUUAUUUCAUUUAGAUUCAGGGUGUUUAAUUGGUUAUUAAGUAAGAAGUAUAAUGAAUACAGCCUGUAAUGGAAGCAUGUGAAAAAGAUCCUGACAGUGUUGUUUGCGGGCGCCAUUGCUGACUUGUUAAUGGGAUGCAUAGGUGCACACGGCAUUACAUAUUACUGCAUCUUAAAAUGAUCACUUCAACAAAAGUUAAUAUAACACCUUACUACCUGGCAUGUGGGUUUACAUCUUAACUUUCUAAACCGUGUUUGCACUCUAUAGCAGCAGCAGCAGUUUACAAAUGAUAUGCAUGCGAUUGUGCCCAUAAAGGUAAUAACAACUGAAGUGGCUAUACAUACUAUAUCCGGCCCUUCCAAAAGGCAGUAACAUUUGGAACUCAAGUCAUGCCUCGUCUCUCCUACUUCACCAAGAUGCUUAUUCUCAAACCGAGCCACCCCGUUCUAUGUGCACUGUUCAGCCUUUAUUAACUUAAGUGCUUUGCGGCCUCUGAGCCCCCUGGCGAUCCCCUAGUGUGACAGGAAUGUGUAAGGCUUGUUUAGGGAAACAAAAGCAGUGAAGGAGACUGUACAUAAAGAAAAAUAAAUAAAUCAUGGCAACAAUUAUUAUUGCAAUAGUUCUGGGGGUAUUAUUCAAUCUGGCAGCUCCGUGAAAUAUAUAUGAAAGCCUGUGAAGCUGCAUGAUAUGAGAGAAUCAAGGGUCUCUCCAAUGCAUCGCCUUGUCUGCCUUGUAGACAGUAAUUUGUACACUGUAUAGUUUGUUUAUUUUAUUUUAUUUUAUUUUUUUAAGGCUUUCUCUUUUUUUUUUAUUAACUUACCCUGUUUUAUAAAGGUAGCUUUUUUAAACAUUCUAAAGGAUAUGUGUGUUAUUUCCAUUUUUUAAAGAAGAGAAAUAAACUAUUGCUCUUAUGGAGACUGGACUUGAGUUAAAACUCUCCAGUUUACAUUAAUUUAUAUAUUAAAAAUGACUGUCCAUUUAGCAUUUGUCCUACAUAUUCCAAUACUUAAAAAGUACUGGUAACAUAUCCUUUACAAAAUUGUAAAUUGUGAAAAGUUUUAUGAAGGUUAUUUUGUUGUAUUUAGUGUUGAUGAAUUUGGAUUUUGGAAACAUUUAAUAAUGUUGGCAGUAACACUGUCAUUUUUUAUUAGUAUGGCCUUAGCAAGAGUUCUUGUGAUUUUUUUUUUUUACUGGUAUGGGAAUUACAGCAUAUGAAAUGGCAGACAAAGAUUUUAAAAACACCUUGUCACCUUGAUGUGAAAAACACUUUUAUGAGAUUUAGUGUUGCUCCAUCUCUGGACAUUUGUUAAGGUGACACCAGAACUAGUUCUGUCCAUGUACUGAAAUUGGAAAACAUUGUGUAAAACUAUGAAGGCUGCAGAAUGGGAUCAUAUUAUACAGUGUACAGUAAUUUUAAACAUGAUAAAAGGACAAUGCAAUGUUGCUGGCAGUUAGGCCCUAAGCAUGAUUACCACAUACAGUUUACAUGUUUCUGUCACGGUCGUUUGAAAGAAAAUAAAAAAUAAAUAUAAGCAAAGGUAUACAAAUGUAUCAAAACAUUACAACAGCGUGCUUCCUGGAUCCUUUUCAUUGUCAUUGAGAAUUCCUGAAUGUGCAGGCUAAGCAAAUUAACAGUGAAAAAAGCCUAAAGUUGCAUGUUAGUACUCCAUUUAUGUAUUGAAGGAGUUCAAAGAAAACUGCCUUCAUAUUUGCACUUUCUGCUAGUUCCCCUAUUCCACUUAGUUCCACAACAAUUGUGUAGGUGUGUACAGUUAACAGUUGGUACCUAAAUUACGUACAUCACUAGAAGAUGGAUGAUAGCCUGGACCACUGAUAUUGCCCUUUGACCUUUUAGGGUCACUAUAUUCAAAUGCCAUGGUAGCUCCUUAUACUGUUUCUAUACCACAGCACACAAUGUUACAAGAGAAGAUGGAAAUGGUCAAUUUUUACAUUUGUUGUUGUAGUUUGUUCUACAAUGGUUGUAGGUUUUCUUUUUUUUAAGCGCUGAAUAGUUUCAAAUGUCUGGGAAUAUUGCACACGUAUGAGAUAACAAUUUUAACAGCAGUAAACAAAAAUUGCAUCAGUGACACUGACUUUUUACAUUAGAAUACAAACAAACCCAGCUGUACUAGAUACAUUGCUCUGACUAUUGUUGUCCAAACCAAGAACGUUGGGACUAUUGGUAUGCAAGGAGGCACAGUGACAUUUCCAGGAUAAUUCUUGAAUUUUUACAGAAUGUGUUUUAAAACUGUGCUACAGGGACUGGUGUGACACAUGUAUUUACUAAUUGAAUUUUAAGAGGUGUGUUCUAUUUAAAUGUGUUGUUUUUGGAGGGCAUUGAUUACUGUGUGAACUAACAUCAGGUUAUGUAAACAAGAAUGAAACAAAAACCAGCAAAUGUUUUACCAAAAGGAAAAAAAAAACCAGUCAAAUAAGCAGUGCCUGUUCAAGUUCACAGUCUCUGUGGAGUUCACUUGUAAAAAAAAUAAAACCCUCUUCUUGAUAGAAUUAUUGUCAAAAACUUCUACAUACAGAUUGUGAGCGAAGGCUCUUCCCAGGCCUUUUUUCAUUACGGUUUGUGCUUCAUUCACAUGAAACUUCUAGUCAGCUGGGAUGGAGUGGCCCCUGUCUCUUGUAAGAUCUUGAUAUUUCUCUUGAGAAAAAAAAAAAAAAAAAAAAAAAAAAAUUUUAGGGCAGUGUGUUUCAAUGCUACAUUUAGUACAACAGUAGAUGACAAGUAGACAGUUUAAACAUGCUUAGUAGCUACACCGCAGGGUUGUUCCAUUUUGGAUCUUGUGGCACUUUUACACCCCUUGGCUAAAAAUAUUUUUAAUUUUCAAAACUGAAAUACAAGAACAAAAUCAAGGUCCCUGUCAUAACAGGCAAGUAUAGACACAAGCCUUUGUAGCUGGCUGUAUGUAAUGUAUCAUAAUCUAGUUGCCUAAAUGUAUUAUUUUUUUCUGUUUCUGUAACUCAGGCCUCUGUUGACAGGAGCAGGAGAGGGAGGGGCUGAUGGUUUAAAAACAUGUUUUGGUGUUCUUCUUUUUAAGGGACUUAUUUCCUGUCUGCUGUGUAGCAGAAGGGACUGUCUUUGGGCUUGUUGCAAAUGGUACAGGGGCUAAAACUGCCACAAGAUUAAAAUCAGUGUAAAUAAAGCUUGACUUAUUGUGAUUGUUACUGUUAUAUCCAGCCUAUACUGCUAGCAGCUGCUCAUACUGCAGUCAAUUACUGGAAGUGGAUAUAUUUCCUAUGCAAAACUGUUUAAACAAUAAAAUGAGCUAUGCUACAAAA